AGCCGCGCGUGGACGGUCAUACACUGCCACCAGCACCCCCACAACCCCACAACAGUGAACCAGAACAAAACAAUAACAUUUCCGUUUGCCAUCCACUUUAUCUGGCCAAAAUGAGGUUUCAGCGCCAGUGCAUCGUCAUCAACAGGCGGUCGGCAUUUGUCCUGAUCAUGAUCUUCGUGCUGACGGGGAUCAGAAACAGCGAGACGGCCAGCGGGGGCAACCAGAUGGACUUGUCGGACGCGAAGGGAGAUCACAAGGACAACAGCAAUGCGAGCAAUGGCAAUGGGAAUGCAAAUGAGAACGAGGUGUAUGUGCCACCGGUGGUGUCCAGCGGGGCGGCCAAAAACGGCGGAAACGGAGGCGGAGGAGGGGGAGGGGGAGCAUCGGGCGGCCUCCUGGACAACAUAACCGCCUACAGCAGCAGCGCCGGCACCAGCAGCAACGGGAACAGCAACAACAACAUGCUCUGCCCGUACGACAAGGACACGCCCUGCGAUCGCCUGCAGUUCCCUUGCAUCCGGUGCAACUACAACCACGGCUGCCUCUACGGCCGGGACGUGAACGUCACCUGCGAGGUGAUUAACAACGUGCAGUGCCAGGGCGAGCGAAGCUUCCAGCGGCAGAUGAACUGCCGCUACUGCUACCAAACAGAGCUGUGGCAACAGAGCUGCGGCCAGCGCUCCAGCUGCAACUCGGCGUCGGACAAGCCCUUCCGCACCAACUGCACCGUGCACCAGGACGUGCUCUGCCUGGGCAAUCGAUCCUUCACCCGCAACCUGCGCUGCAACUGGACACAGGGCUAUCGCUGGAGCACUGCCCUGCUGAUCAGCCUCACCUUGGGCGGCUUUGGCGCCGAUCGAUUCUAUUUGGGGCACUGGCAGGAGGGGAUUGGAAAGCUGUUCAGCUUCGGAGGGCUCGGCGUGUGGACCAUCAUCGAUGUCUUGCUCAUCUCCAUGCAUUACCUCGGGCCAGCGGAUGGCUCACUUUACAUAUAAGUUGGGGUACAGGGACUGGGGUUUAAAAACGUUGGAAAGACUAGGCCAAAAGCAUAGGCCAUGAGCUAAAUGGUUCCAUUAUCAUGUACAUAAAUACGAGAGCAUAUUUAACCAUUGUAUACUUUAAGACUGUACAUACAAAAUUAGAAACUAUACUCCUUAAAUAUAUUUUUUUCGAUUUUCUUAACUAGCACACUGGCAAAUAUACUUUAUAUUAUUCUUUGAUCGUACCAAUAAAAAAAUAACUUAACUUAU